AUGGCCGCUGCCGUUUCACCACUCGGCACCAGCCCUAACAACCCCAAUCGGCCCGUCUCACCUCCACCUAUCCAGCCCCUGUCCCCGUCCACCCCCGCACGCUCCCCCGCCAUCCUCGCGAUCCAGCGAGCAGCUCCGCCUUCCCUCAACGGUACGCUCGACUCGGUCGUCAGCGGCCGCGACCUUGUUGCUGCCCACGAGAGGGAUCAUAAAUCAGUCUUCAUCCCGGAGCCACUCUACACCUUCCUCCGAAGUCCAGAUCACACGGUUACGGCAUGUCUCGCGAAUUCCACCGUCGACACCUCGGUCCGGGUCAUCGCUGAGCACCUGUUCGGGCUGGGGAACGGCUCGUUUGGUCUUUGGACCGGCGAGAGCGUCAUCCGGCCCAAGCCUCCGCCCACGCCCAAGGGUGUCAAGCGAUGGCUUGAGCGGCUAAGCUUGGGCAGGAAGCAGAAGAACAGCAAGCUCAAGAACAGGCUCGGCGCCGCCGACGAAGGUUCCAAGGGACAGGCUGAUUCGAGCACGGCUGCGUCUGGGUGCAGCGAUGAGAGCGACUCCGACCUCUCCACCGAGGACCACUACAGCCGCAUGAAGCUGCUGUCGCCGCCCCAGCUCGACGAGGUCCGCCGCUGCGGCCAGUGGCGGGGUUCAGAGCCUUCGACCCUCUUCCUGAACAUCUUUGCCCAGGCCUUGAUGUCGCUCGAGAAGAAUGUUCUGAACGGCAUGGUGUCGCCGCCCUUAAUGGCGGGGUGCGGCGUCGUGCCCGUAACAGUCAUCUCGCACACAUCCGACAUUGUUCAGCACUACGCCGACCUGAUUGUGAACGCCCAGCGCGAGAUCAUCUUUACGACGAAUGUUUGGGAAGCGUCCGAGUCGUCCAAGACAAUCGUCGAGGCGUUCCGAACCCUGUCGCAGCGAGUAGCGGACCGGAACGGCGAGAAGAUUGUCGUCAAGAUCAUGUACGAUCGGGGCGCAGCUGAGCACAGCGGGGCGCAUCAGAUCGUUAGCCCGCGGGAGUACACCUCUGCCGACAUAGGACUGCCGGCGCCGGACGAGAUCCCGAAUGUUCAGCUCGAGGUGCAGAACUACCACAUCUACCCCGUCGGCACGUUCCACCAGAAGUGUGUCGUGAUCGACCGCAAGAUCGCCCUACUCAGCAGCAACAAUGUCCAGAACCGGAGCGAUGUCGGCUUCAUGGCGCAGUACGAGGGCCCGAUCGUCCAGUCCUUUUACGACACGACGCUCCUAGCGUGGUGGACGAGCUUCAACCCCCGGCCGCCCCUCGUGUAUGAGCGCAUCAAGUACCCCAACAAGUUGACCGCGGCCGACUUCCAAUUUGGUGCGGAGAACCCUGCGGUUGAGCCCAAGGGCGACCUGGACGUGUUAGCCGAGCGCACGCGGCAGAAGCUGGCCGAGCCGACGUUCAGCGACAGCGGUAGUAUCGGCAGUGAGACGCUGGGCGACGGCGUCAGCUCGACCAAGAGCCGGGAGCACAAUUGCGGCCCGCCCCUGCAGCCCGUGCUGCUGCACAAGCCGCAUGACCCGUUCCCGUUCGCACUCGUGAACCGCACGCCCCGUGGGCGCCGCGGGCACGGGGACGCCUUCGUCCCUCAGAAUCAGGCGUGGCUUGCAGGUUUCAAGUUUGCAACGAAGAGUGUGUUCCUGCAAACCCCCACGUUCAGCGCGAAGCCGGUCGUCGCAGCUGCUCUCGACGCCGUACGCCGCGGCGUUCUCGUUGAGAUCUACGCCGACCUGGGAUACGACGAGAAGGGCGAGAUCUCUCCCGACGGCAAGAUCAACCGGCAGGUUGCUGUGUACAUGUACUCCCAGCUCGAGGAGGAGGCCGAGAAGGAUCUCCUGCGGAUAUACUGGUACACGCCAAAGGGGGACACGACGCCGAUCGGGCGCACAACGCACACGUGCCACAUUAAGUUGAUGAUCAUCGACGGCCAGAUCGGCGUGCAGGGCAACGGCAACUGCGACUCGGCGUCGUGGUAUCACGCGCAGGAGAUCAAUGUGCUCGUCGACAGUCCGCAGGUGUGCGCCGAGUGGCGCGAGCGCCUCGACGCGAACCAGAGCACGGCGGCGCAUGGCCGGGUGUGCAACGACGGCGUGUGGCGCGACAUGGACGGAAGGUCUAUCGCGUCUGUUCUGCCUACACCGACACCGACGCCGAGUGUGACGCCGUCAGCCCCCGCCGUCUCCAUCGCGAGCCCCGUGCCUUCCUCGCCGUCCAAGUCGGCUACCAGCCUGACCCUCGGGCUGAAGAGGCGCAUCAGCCGCGGUGGCAAGUAG